AUGAGGAAGAACUUCAGAGAGGCGGCCAGGAGCAGCAGGUCUGGGCAGCCUGCCACGGGGAUCCCAGCACAUCCCGCAGCAUCCCACGGCUGCAGCAAGCUGGGGCAGGGAUUGAUAGAAUCCUCUCCUUGCUACCUGUUGACGGUAAGGAUCAUCCGGAUGAGAAAUCUCCAGCGAGUGGAUGCCUUAAGCCAGGCUGAUUGCUACGUGUCCCUGUGGCUGCCAACUGCGACGUCUGAAAGGUCACGCACGAAAACUGUGAGAAACUCUGACAAUCCAGUGUGGAACGAAACCUUCUACUUCAGAAUCCAGAGUCAGGUCAAGAACGUGCUGGAGCUCACGGUGUAUGAUGAGGAUUUUGCUACUCCAGAUGACCAUCUCCUCUGUGCACUCUUUGAUACUGCUAAACUUCCACUUGAAAGAACAGUGAUCCUGUACUUCAAACCUAGCCCAAACGCCACGGAGGAGCUAGAGGUUGAAUUCAAAUUGGAGGUUGCAUCUGGUCCUCAUGAAACGAUUGCUAGCAAUGGAGUGCUGGUGUGUCGUGAACUUUGCUGCUUGGAAGUUGAAGUGGCAGAGAAGACGAAGCAAAAAUCAAAGAAAGAGCUUUCCCUGACUGUGAAGGGCUCCUUUGAGGGGACGCAGGAUAUCGUGCUGGGCCCCAAUGGAGUGGUCAGCCCAGCGUGUCCCACCGAGUUCCACUACAUCAAGUACGCGGAGCCAACGCUGGAUGUCAUGCUGCCAAAGAAGAGGCGCUACCACCCUUGGUCCUGUAGGUACAGCACAGAGACCGGCUCCCCAGUCGUGAUGCUGAACUCGCUGCCCAUGGGAAGGAAAACGACCAUUGCAGAGGAGAAAAGAUUUGACUUGAAUGUGACAGCAAAACCUUGCAAUUGUACAUGCCACCAAGACCUGGACAUGCGCUUUGGGUUUAACUUAUGUUCUGAAGAGAUGGCUUUCCUGGGGAAAAGAAAGAGAUAUGUAGCAAGUGCUCUCAAAAAUGUUUUUCACCUACCACACGAUCUGCAGGAUCAAGAAGUGCCCGUUGUGGCUAUCAUCACGACAGGAGGAGGACUAAAGUCAAUGACAGGAUUGUAUGGCAGCCUCAUGGGACUCAAGAAGUUAAAUCUCCUGGACUGCAUAACAUACAUCAGUGGGCUGUCCGGCACCACGUGGACCAUGGCCAACUUAUACAGAGAUGCCUACUGGUCACAGAAGGACCUGGACUCACAUAUUGGUGAAGCCCAAAAACAAGCAACAAAAUGCAAGAUGGGCUGUUUCUCUAUGGAUCGCAUGAAGUACUACAACAAGCAGCUUUGCCAGCGGAAAGAAGAGGGAUACAGGACAUCAUUUAUAGAUCUUUGGGGUCUCAUGAUUGAGUACUUACUAAAUGAUGGGAAAGACCCCCACAAGCUCUCAGAUCAGCAAGAAGCACUGUGUGAUGGCCAGAACCCACUGCCCAUCUAUGUGUCGGUCUGCGUCCGGGAUAGUUACAGCACCAAUGAUUUCAAAGAGUGGGUGGAGUUCACUCCCUACGAGGUGGGACUGCUGAAGUACGGCGCGUUUGUUCGCACGGAGCAUUUCGGAAGCGAGUUCUUCAUGGGCCGCAUGUUAAAAAAGGUCCCCGAGUCCCGCAUCUGCUACCUUCAAGGUAUGUGGAGCAGUAUAUUUUCUGUGAACCUUCUACAAAUAUGGGGACUGUCCCACAGUUCAGAGGACUUCUGGAAGAGAUGGACAGAAGACAGAAUAGAUGAAGUUGAUGAGGACCCGGUGCUGCCCACGAGGCCCCACGAGCUGCGGACCCGCAUGUACACCCCGCCCGGGCCCCUGUCCAGCGCCCUGCGCGGCGCGCUCACCGACCGCUUCUCCGUGGCCCAGCACCACAACUUCCUCAAGGGCUACCAGCUGCACAACAACUACAUGGAGAACCAGCACUUCUGUCGGUGGAAAGACACUGUGUUAGACUCACGUCCCAACCAGUUGAUGCAAAGUCCUGAUCAGCUGGGCAUGAUAGAUGCUGGAUUUUUCAUCAAUACCAGCAGUGCACCACUUUUAAGGCCACAGAGGGAGGUGGAUGUCAUCAUCUAUCUAAGUUAUACUACUGGAUCACAUACAUCGUCUCUAGAUAAGGCAUGUAAAUACUACUCAGAGCAGAAAAUCCCAUUCCCAACAAUUUCUUUGACUGAUGAAGAUAAGAAAAAUCUGAAGGAGUGCUACAUCUUCCAAGAUUCAGAUUUGCCAGGAUGUCCAAUUGUGAUUUUUCUUCCCCUUGUGAAUGACACCUUCCAAGAGUACAAAGCACCUGGUGUCAAGCGCUGUUGCUCAGAGAUGGAGGAAGGCCAGCUGGAUUUGACCAGCUCCUGUUCCCCCUACUGCAUGUUCUCAGUCAGAUACACCGACGACAACUACCGCAAGCUGCUCAAUCUCAGCGAGUACAACAUCCUCAACAACUCUCAGAUGAUUAUGCAGGCCUUGCAGACAGCGAUGCAAAGGAGGAGGCAGAAGAUGUGCUGAUUCAAGUGUGAGCCGUGCAGUUUCAAUGGCACGGGGGUCAGCAGUGUGUGGACAGGGGCAGGUGUCCUGCCCCAGCAGUGGUGCCACAGUUGUGCCAAGGACUUUGGGGAGGGCAGCAUAACACUGGAUGUGUGCGUGAACGCUACCAGAAUGGACCGAGAUGGGAUUUUGUCUCAGGAGCUAAUCACUCAAACCUCUCAACAAGGAGACGGAGCUAUGCAGCUGAAUCCUGAUGGGAAACAGUGGACUUCUCUUACAAAGAUAGAAUCCUCUCUGUGUUACUUACUGACUGUAAGAGUCAUAAGAGCAAGAAACAUCCACCAGGCAGAUGUCUUGAGCCAAACUGAUUGCUAUGUGAGCCUGUGGCUGCCAACUGCUUCAAACGACAAAUUUCAGACCAAAGCCAUCAAGAAUUGCAAAGAUCCAGUCUGGAAUGAAACCUUCUACUUCAGGAUCCAAAGUCAGGUCAAGAAUGUGCUGGAGCUGGCACUCUAUGAUAAGGAUGUGGUUACUCGGGAUGACCACCUCUUCACAGUGUACUUUGACAUAGCCAAACUUUCCCUGGGAGAGGAAGUCUUCAUGCACUUCAAGUGUGAUUCACAGCGACAAGAGGAGUUGGAGAUGGGAUUUGUCUUGGAUAAUAUUUCAGGCCCUCCUGAAACCAUCAUUACUAAUGGAGUGCUAGUGUCUCGCAAAAUCUGCUGCUUAGAAGUUCAGGUGGUUGAGAGGAAAAAGAAGAAAAAAGAGAAGAAAUCAAAAAAAGAAUUCUCCUUUAAAGUGCAAGGCUCUUAUGAAGGCACCCAGGACAUUGUGCUGGGAUCAAAUCUGCUCUUCAGCUCCUCCUGUCCUGCCAAAUUCCACUAUGCCAGAUACAAGCAGCCAAUGCUGGAUGUUACACUACCAGGGAAGAAAGGACCUCCCUCCUCAGAUAAACGAUACCGUUUAUAUGCGAAGGCAGAAGACUGCCCAGACCACCUUGAUGUGCGUUUAGGAUUUGACCUCUGCAUACAGGAACAAGACUUUCUCUGCAAAAGGAAGAAUUAUGUUAUUCCUGCUCUGAAGAAGGUGUUGCAGCUGGAACAGGAUCUGCUGGACCAUGAGAGCCCGGUGGUGGCCAUCAUGACCACGGGAGGAGGGAUGAGAUCCUUGACCGCACUCUACGGCAGCCUCAGGGGGCUCAAGAAGCUCAAUAUCUUGGACUGUGCCACCUACCUGACUGGCUUGUCUGGUACCACGUGGACCAUGUCAAACUUGUACAGAGACGCUGACUGGUCACGAAAGGAUCUCGACAAGCAAAUCAGUGAGGCUCGAAAACAUAUGACAAAAUGCAAAAUAAAUUCCUUCUCCUUGGAAUAUUUGAAGUAUUACAAAAAGCAGCUGUGCCAGCGGAAAAGAGAGGGCCGCAAAACAUCUUUUAUAGAUUUCUGGGGGCUUGUCCUGGAAUCUUUUUUGCACGAUGGGAAAGACAACCACAGACUCUCUGACCAGCAACGGGCCAUUGAUCGUGGUCAGAACCCACUUCCUAUCUACACUGCAGUCAAUGUCAAGAACAACUACAGCACUCUGGAUUUCAAAGAAUGGGUGGAGUUCACCCCAUAUGAGGUAGGAUUGCAAAAAUAUGGAGUUUUUGUUCGCACCGAGGAUUUUGGCAGCGAGUUCUUCAUGGGACGAUUGAUGAAGAAGGUCCCUGAAUCCAGGAUCUGCUUUUUGGAAGGCAUGUGGAGUAGUUUAUUUUCAUUCAAUGUGUUAUAUAUCUGGAAUUUGUCCCAUUCAUCAGAAGAUUUCUGGCACAGGUGGACCCGGGACCAUAUUGACAAUAUAGAGGAGGAGCCGGCGCUGCCCGCGCAGCCGCAGGAGCUGCGCACGCGGCUGGCCACGCCGCCCGGGCCCCUGGGCAGCGCCCUGCGCGCCGCCCUCACCGACCGCGUCUGCCUGGCCCAGGAGCACAGCUUCCUCAGGGGCCUCCAGAUCCACAGCCAGUACCUGGAGAACGCCCACUUCCGCAGGUGGAAAGGUAACGGGAGACCUGCGGGCCUGGGGAGACGAUAA